UAAUCCUUCUCAUGGCCCCCCUUAAACGCACUUGCUCCGAUAUAUCACACCAAAUAUCCAUAGACAACACUCUAACCAAAGAACCAACUCCCACCGCAACUGCAACCACUACAAAUUUGUUGUCGUUAUCGGCGAUAUCCGAAGUGGAAGAUGCAAAGUGUGAGUGUUGUGGCAUGUCUGAAGAGUGCACGCCGGAGUACAUAGACCGUAUGCGUUCAAAAUUCUCAGGGAAGCUGAUUUGCGGGUUGUGCGCAGAAGCAGUGGAGCAAGAGAUGGAGAAGAUGAACAAUAGUGAAUUGGUGAUGGAGAAACGGCGAGAGGAGGCAGUACAUGCACACAUGAGCGCAUGUUCCCGGUUUAAUAGACUAGGCCGGAGUUAUCCGGCGUUGUACCAAGCAGAAGCGGUUAAUGAGAUUCUGAAGAAGAGGUCUAACAAGAUGGUCAGAGCUACCAAGUCUGAAAAAGGUGGUCUCACUAGGAGCUCUAGCUGCAUGCCUGCUUUGGCUAAGGAGCUAAAAGAUCGUACAUUUGUUAAUAAGUAGAAUAUAUAUGUGUGCUUACGUUUUCUUUUUUUUGUGAAACGCUUACGUUUUCUUUUAUGGGCCUGACUGGUGUAACCGCAGCGGUUGCGGUUGCGGUUGCGGGAGUUUGCGGGUGCUGGUGGUUGCGGUUUUAAGCGUUUUCUAGAGAUUUGUACGACUGGUACAGCUGUUAGAAAUUGUUGCGUUUGCGGGACUCUUAUGACUGGUAAACUACCAAACGCAACAUCUGUUAAAUAAUAAUUUAACAAUAUUUAUAUUUUAUGUAAUUAUAAAAAUAUUAAAAAUCAUAAUAAUAUGAUAAAUAUAAAAUUUAUAUUUAUAAAAUCAUAUUAUUCAA